UCAGGCAUCAUCUGGGUGCUGGCCACUUCUGUGACCCGGGUACAGCAGAGAGGACACCUGGAUCCUAGGGCACCUGUCUGCAGGGUGAGAUGCCCAGGCGUGGGCACUCCAGGUCCAGAGUACCAGUCCCGGGGGAUGGAACAAUCCACCAUGCCUGAAGUUAAAGACCUUUCGGAAGCCUUGCCAGAGAUGUCGAUGGACCCCAUCACGGGAGUCGGGGUGGUGGCUUCCCGGAACCGAGCCCCAACGGGCUAUGAUGUAGUCGCGCAGACGGCAGAUGGUGUGGACGCUGACCUCUGGAAAGACGGCUUAUUCAAGUCCAAGGUUACCAGAUACCUGUGUUUCACAAGAUCAUUUUCCAAAGAAAAUAGUCAUUUGGGGAAUGUGUUAGUGGACAUGAAGCUCAUUGACAUCAAGGACACACUGCCCGUGGGCUUCAUCCCCAUCCAGGAGACGGUGGACACACAGGAGGUAGCUUUUAGGAAGAAGAGGCUGUGCAUUAAGUUCAUCCCCCGGGAUUCAACCGAAGCUGCCAUCUGCGACAUUCGGAUCAUGGGCCGGACCAAGCAGGCGCCUCCUCAGUACACGUUCAUUGGGGAAUUGAACAGCAUGGGGAUCUGGUAUCGAAUGGGCAGAGUACCAAGAAAUCAUGACUCAUCUCAACCCACGACGCCAUCACAGUCGUCAGCUGCUUCUACCCCAGCCCCCAACCUUCCCAGGCACAUCUCCCUGACACUCCCCGCCACCUUCCGAGGCAGGAACAGCACCCGGACGGACUACGAGUACCAGCACUCCAAUCUGUAUGCCAUAUCAGCGAUGGAUGGUGUGCCUUUUAUGAUCUCAGAGAAGUUUUCGUGUGUUCCAGAAAGUAUGCAGCCCUUUGAUCUUUUGGGAAUCACCAUCAAAUCUCUAGCAGAGAUUGAAAAGGAGUACGAGUACAGCUUCCGCACAGAGCAGAGCGCUGCUGCCAGGCUCCCGCCCAGCCCCACCCGGUGCCAGCAGAUCCCUCAGUCCUGAGGCGCCAGCCACCUCCUCGGGCAGAAGACGCCUCCACCUGGUGCCCACACUACUGACACGCGGCUGGGGCUGCGGGCCGCUCCCUCCCCGCCCACCUCCUGCUGCCCUUCCCACCAGCCGGCCCCCUCCCACGCUGGCCACGCCCUCCCGAGUGAUCGGGCCCUGGGCAGCUGAGCGGUCACGUGUGGUCAUCAGCCGGCCUGACAAGGCUCCCCAGCCUUCCUGGGGGUGCUGUUCAUAAUCGCAACUAACCUGUGUGUGCCAUAGUGACCGCAGCGCCCAGCGGUCCGUGUGAGGAGGACUUGUGCUGCGAAACUCCUCACCCGCCCGUGACCCCCGAGGUUCCCGUGACGCCCGCUGGCUCCUCUCUUCCUGACCGCCGCCCUCCACGGGAACCCCACAAAGCCACUGUUCCCUCCUGGAAGACCCUUGGCAUGGCUGCCUCCCAUGGGACCCCCUUGGGCCCAGGUUGCCAGGGAGCAAGUCCCUCUCACUAACAGGGUCGAGGGGCCCGAGCGUCUCACUGCAGCCCUGAGACAAGGAGCGGGAGGAGCCAGCCGGCCGGGACCAAAGCCUGCCCCACUGUGGACGCCUGUGGCAUCUCAGCGGGCCCACACACUGCACAUCCAGAGGCCGGACAACUGCAGGCCCCUGCCACGGCCACACAGUGGACCUCACUUUCUGGGGAGACAGCCGAGUGACCCAGCGCCAUCCUGGAUGUGAGAGCAGCUGCCAGGGCGCCGGGCUUGUCCACGCUCCCUCCAAGGGCUCACCGCAGAACACCCGUGUGCCAGGAGCGGCUCCACCUGCCUCAGCCCGGAGCCCUGACCCAGUGAGCACAGGACACGCCCUGAGGGCUCCCGGCCCUGGAGGGUCACAGGCACAGGGGCCCCUGCUGCUCCCAGAGCCAGGCUAUCUCCACGGCCUGUGCCACCAGGGACGGGUUGCUCCGGAAAGCCCUCUGCCCCACGCCGCUAGGUGCAGGCCAGCGCCAACAUGUCUCCGCAAGAAUCCAUUGGAGGUGCCCGGUCCAACCCACCUCUGCCGUGAGACCACGGCUCAUUGCCUCCCUCAGGGCCCAGACCUCACCGUGUGCUGCUUCGCUGAGACUGGCUGUCGGGGUUUGUCCGGGCCCUCGGAAUGUGGGUGGUUAGCAUCCCUGGGUCCUGGAGGGAGUCAGAGACCGGGGUGUGGCUCAGACCCCUGGCUGUGGUUUCACAGACAGCCCGUGGAUGAUAGGUAGCCAAGGCGCCCCAGAAACGAGAAGAUGCAGCGGCCGGCAGGGUGGCCAGGAGCUGGGGGGGCCCCAAAUACCUCACGCACCAGUGUCAGGCGCUCUGUCCCAGGGCCCCGCUAUGGAUUGGUCCCUCUGCCACUGUCAGCCUUUUCAUUCAGUACCUCUUCAUUUCUGGGUGUUGGGACGUGGUCGCUUGGUCCCCUUCCACAAGGCCUACCUAGGUUACCGCCCUGGAGGGCCGUCCCAUGCCACCAGGCUCUCAGCUCACCUGCCAGGGCCUGGAGGCCCAAGGGACCCACUGCAGGCUGGUGCUUAACAGGACAGAGCAGACAAGCCCAACCCAGUGCCAUCCCCAGAUAAGCUAGCGUGUCCCGGGGGCACCUGUGUCUGCUGCUGACUUUGUGUGGCCGACCCCACACCAAGCACCCUGCGCAACUGGAGGCCUAGCAGAGGGCUGAGGUCCAGCAGGCUGGGGACAGUGGGGAGGCUGGGGGCGGAGCUCCAGGCACUCCUGCCCCUUUACUUGGUUUGUGCACUUUGUCCAUGUCCAUGUCCGUGUCCUCGAGUCCCCAGGUGGAGAGCAGAGUCCGAUGGCCCGGGGGGGGGGGGGCUCAGCGGUGGCAGCGUGGGAUCCCUCAUCAGUGAUCAGAAGGCAGAGUGAGGGUGGCAGCAGGAGAGAGGAAGGGGCACUUGAGGGCCCCACAGACACUGGCCCAGGGCCACCGGGAAGAGGGGCGGUGUGUGCUCCGGCAUGCUAGAGAGGCCUCUCCUUUGUGACGUUAUGGACUUAGGCUAGGAGUAACCUUGACUGUGAGCAUUGUGCUCAUUAGGCAGUGACAGUGUUAAGGACGCCUUGGUGUCUGUGGUAGAUUUUAGCUGCUCCUGACCCUCUGCUUCCUGCCUUCGGAGAGGCAGGGGAGGACAAGCGUGCCGUGGGUGACUGUGCGUGCUCUCCUGCGUGGGCUCAGGCAGACCGCAGGGCCCAGGGAGGGGCUGGGGCCCACAUCGAGGAUCCAGCAGCCUUUCCAGUCCCAGGGGAGCCCUUUCUCCAACACCCCUCUGGCCACCACGGAAAGGAAGCACAAGGAUUCUGUUGGAAAUGUGAAGGGUCACAGCCUCUCCCCUGGGUCCCCUCUGGCUUGUCCCCCAGCUGCUAUUGUCCCUGCCCAGCACCCACUGUCCUCCUGAAAAGACUAACCGGAGCACAGCAGCCCCACCCUUCCCCUAGAGAACUCAGUCUCCUUCAAGGGCCUUGGAAAGGGCACGGAGGUGCCAGGGAGCCAUGGCGUCUUCCAGGUUCACUGGCAAAUUUUAUCAUCAGGCCUUGCUCCUCACCCCACGUCCGAGAACUGUGCCAUUCACGCCCUCUGCCACUUGGGGAGACGGAAGCCCUGGCUCAGUGGAGAAAGGGCAGGUUAGAGCCAUACCAGCUUGCAGCUGAGUGUGGCUGCACUCCUUGUGCAACGAGCUGUGGCCACUGGCUGGACACGGGGACUAACGCUUGCUGAGCACCCCCCGCCAGGCGCUAGGCCAGGCAGUCUAAGCACAUUUCUCCUGCAGCUCCCCCUACAAACAGCCAGCAGCAGGUGCCUUUGCCCCUCCUUACAGAUGAGGGACCUGAGAUGGGUCCACAUGGGCACAAGCUGGAAGGUGGCAGAGACAGGAUCUGGCCCCGAAGCCCACAGGGCCAGCGUUCUCUUGUAAGCACAAGCUCAGGCUGGCCACUGCUCCCGGUCCCACGAUGGACUUCCCGGCUGCCACCAUGCCUGCGGUCACCACGUCACACUGUGCGGUGGGCACUGAGCUCAGGUCGGGAUCCCCAUCCUGCUCCUUUCGUAUAGCCAAGGGCCCCGCAGUCUGCGGGCUGCUGGCGGCCCUGUCACUUGCCACGUCUGGGGACUCCCAUUCCGCAGCUGCUAAGAACCACGCGGAAACAGAGCUCGUUGACGCAUCCGCGGUCUCCCUGACCGAAGCCGGCCCUGCCCCAUGUCCAGCCGCAUCUCGGGCAGCCUGGCACCUCGGGGCAGCCGGCUUUCUUCGUCUGUUCUAGAUGCAGGCCUGGGGACUGCUGCAGCCAUCACCGCCAGAAAUGGAGCUUUGUCUCCCGGCUGAGGGUGCACCAGCUCCGCACGCUGGGCCAGCCCUGGACAAGGCCCUUAGGAAUGGCCCCUUUACUGCAUAUUUAUUCAAGGUGACUCUAUACUUGGCAAAGGGAAGAUUCACUGUGUGAUUGUCUGUAUUCUUAAUAUAAUUUGUUAAAUAAACGUUUGUUUUAAUCCUU